UCCUCUUUAAUUGCCCCGCUAAAUUCGCACCUCCUCGCCAGUCGCAAACCAUGGCUGUACAUUUACCAACAAAAGCCAUGGCUAUACGCCUCCUCCUCCUCCUCUCCGCCGCCGCCAUUGCCGUCGCUGGUGUCGAAUCCGACUCCCUCCUCCGGUUCCUUUCCGAUCUCGGCUACACCGUAUCCGGCGAUCCCUGCCUCACCCUGGGCGUCACCUGCGACGCCAGCGGCGCCGCCACCCGCAUCACCCUCCCCGACGCAGGCCUCGCCGGCUUCCUCUCCCCCGCCGUCGGCCGUCUCCCAGCCCUUCGCGAGCUCUCCAUCCCCGGCAACCGCCUCUCCGGUGGCCUCCCCCGCGAGCUCGCUCGCUGCCGCGCCCUCCGCGUGCUCGACCUCCGUGGCAACCGCCUCUCCGGCAACGUCCCCCGCGAGGUCGGCUCCCUCUCCAACCUCCGCUCCCUCGACCUCUCCUCCAAUCGCCUCUCCGGCAACAUCUCCUUCCUCCGCCGCUUCCCCUACCUCGAGAACCUCUCCCUGGCCGGCAACCUCUUCUCCGGCCCCGUCCCCCGUUCUCUCAAUUCCUUCCCCAAGCUCCGCCAUCUCGACCUCUCAAACAACCCCAGCCUCGUCACCCAACCAGCCUCUGAUAACUCCCCCAGGCGUCGGAGCCUUCUCCCGAACCGAUACAUCUUCGCCGAGAAUGCCACCAAAGCUCACAAUUCAACCAACAAUUCUUCAAGAAAGGGCAAUUCUUCAUCCACUGCCACCGCGCCGGCACCGGCGCCAUCAUCGUCGCCUUCGCAUCAUCAUCACAAGCACAAGCACCGGGUGCGAAACUGGAUCAUCGGCUUCCUUGUCGGCUCGGUAGCCGGCGUAGUCUCCGGUCUCAUUCUUUCCGUCCUUUUCCGACUCCUGAUCAAUUGCAUCCGGGGCCGGUACAAGAAUCCGGGAGGGCCAUCCAUCUUCAGCCCAAUCAUCAAGCGAGCCGAACACCUCGCAUUCUUGGAGAAGGAGGACGGACUCGCUUCUUUGGAGGUCAUCGGCCGGGGCGGUUGCGGCGAAGUCUACAAGGCCGAACUACCCGGUACGCCAGAGAGACCCGGAAGGGCGAUCGCUAUCAAGAAAGUCAUGAGAAGGAACAUUGACAAUACUGAACCUACUGAUGAGGAGAGCAAGCUGCUCGACAAGUGGAUGCGGCAGAUUCGGUCGGAGAUUCGGACCGUUGGCUAUAUCCGUCACCGGAAUUUACUCCCGCUGCUAGCUCAUGUUCCCCGACCGGAUUGCCAUUACUUAAUCUAUGAAUACAUGAAGAAUGGAAGCCUUCAGGAUGUGCUUAAGGAGGUCUGGGAGGGCCGGCGAGAGUUGGAUUGGCUCAUGAGGCACAAGAUAGCAACUGGAAUCGCCGCUGGCUUGGAGUAUCUUCACAUCCACCACAAGCCUCAGAUAAUUCACAGAGAUCUCAAGCCAGCAAAUAUUUUGUUGGAUGAUGACAUGGAGGCGAGAAUAGCAGACUUUGGCUUAGCUAAGGAGAUGCCUGAUACCAACACUCAUAUAACCACCUCGAAUCUUGCCGGGACCGUGGGAUAUAUUGCACCAGAGUAUCACCAGACGCUGAAGUUUACAGCAAAGUGCGAUAUCUACAGUUUUGGAGUGAUUUUGGCGGCUCUGGUGAUUGGUAAGACGCCAUCGGAUGACUUCUUCCAGGAAACGCAUGAGAUGAGCUUGGUGAAGUGGGUGAGGAACAUGAUGAACUCGCCAAACCCGCGGGCGGCGAUAGAUAAUAAGCUGGUGGGGAAUGGGUUUGAGGAGCAGAUGUUGCUGGUGCUUAAGAUUGCUUGUUUUUGCACAGUGGAUGAGCCGAAGGAGAGGCCCAACAGUAAGGAGAUCAGGUCUAUGCUAUCCCAAAUAAAGCACCGCUAAGUUUGGCAGGGAGGAUAUCAUAAAGCUAGUGGAAGGUUUGGCCUUCUUGUGCGUGUUUUUUCUUUUCUUUUUUUUUGUUUGUAGCCUUAUUGUGCGUGUUGAAGUCAUGGUGGUGGGCAUGAAAAAGUUGACCACGAUUGGCAAGAAGCAUUACCAGGAGAAUUAAUGUAUUAAAAUAUGAAUCCUACUUGGACUUUUCGUUACAACUGUACCUUGUAUUAUAUAAAUUAUAUGAAUAUAUGAAUGCUCCUCGCAAUAUGCUUUUCCACAAAA